AUGUACGCCGCUCAGAAUAUAACGCCAACAGUUUUGGAUGCCAUGAAUGGAAAUGUUUCCGAAUGGUAUAACGAAUGCGACAAUGCCAUUAGAAGGUCAGAAAUAGUUCCUGGAACUUACGAAUAUACAACUGCUGUUUCAUAUGGAAACGUAGGUGAGUUUGGAGAAGGUUCUUCAACAACAGUAGAUAUUGCUUGCGACAGGUUUCAUAUAAUUUCUAUUGACAACUCUUUCUUAUACGUGGAACAAGACAUUGAAAUAAAACCUUCUGCCAAGUUGUCUGACAAGAAAGGUUGCAAUGGAAUUUUCUAUGUCGGAUACCAAUAUGCUCCAGAAGUUUUUAUGGGAUAUAAGAUAUAUUCUAACUCUGACUUAGUUCAAACAGUAACAUGGGCAAACUAUGAAUGGUUCGCUUUGAGAAACUCAGUACAACCACAAGCUAGAGAACAAACAGACCAGUAUGCAACUAUUGAGAAAAUAAGAAGACUUGACCCUAACGUUCCAGGAGUUUAUGUUAACCUUUCUGGACAAACUGCAGCAGCAGUAACCAAAGUAAAACUGAAACUUAGAGUUCCUUUGUCAUCUUUCCUCAUCUUCAGGUUUUUAAGAUACUUGCCAAACUGGGCAGGAAAAAUUUCUAUCGAACUUACUCCAAGCAAAAAUAACUUAGUCAUUGCACCAACACAAGACCCAUUCACUCUUACAGACGUAAAGGGAGCAAAUCAAACGUCAUUCGCCGAAUUUUGCAAAGACAAAGUUGACUUAGACUUUGGUUUCUCAAACUUCAACACUGAAGUAAACUAUUAUUUCAAUGCUGCUGGAACUGCUUGGGACCCAGUUAAGUUCACAUGCGAAAAGUUUGAAUGCAAGAGAAUAGAAAGCAGACUUGCAGUCUAUAUGUUGGACCCAGAUAUUUCAAAUGCUUUAGCUGCCAAAUAUAUUGCAGUUCCACUUAUGUUCCCUAUACACCAAAUAUCUGUCAAAGACUUUGCAGGUGAAGUUGGAAACCAAAGUGCUGAACCAG